GGCCUCCAGCCACUCCCGCAGUAGGCUGGGGCUCGGGGCCGGGACCCUCGCCAGCCCUCCAGCGCUCAGUCCUCCUCCCCGCCGACCAGGACCGCAGACACACUGGGUCCCUGAGGCAGCCCUACCCUGAGGACCUUUGGAAAGGCAGAACUGACCACCCCUGUGGCCAGCUAACCUCCCCGUUCCUGCCACCCUGCUCCAUGCUGCUGUGGCCUCCGUGGGUCCAUCUAGAGCCCCCAGGCUCUAUAUCCUGAGUGCGGGGAUCUCCCUGGACGUUUGCUAGCCACCCGCUCUCCCCUGUGAGGUUCCUGCCAGGGCCCUCCCGACCUGAAAUCUGUGGGCCCCACCUGGUCCCUGCAGACGCUGCGCUCACCUGCUGGUACCUGGCCCUGUUGCAGGCCUCUGCAAUGUGGCUACCUCUUCGGACCCUCCUUCUCCUGGCCCUAGGCCUGGGAUUGGCCAGAGCGCUCAGCUCCAGUGAUCCCAAUGCCUGCAGCUUCUGGGAAAGCUUCACCACGACCACCAAGGAGUCCCACUCCCGUCCCUUCAGCCUGCACCCCUCGGAGCCCUGCGACAGGCCCUGGGAGGGCCCACAUACCUGCCCCCAGCCCACGGUGGUCUACCGGACUGUGUACCGUCAGGUGGUGAAGAUGGACUACCGCCCGCGCCUGCAGUGUUGCCAGGGCUUCUACGAGAGCAGCGGGACCUGCGUCCCCCUCUGUGCUCAAGAGUGUGUCCACGGCCGCUGUGUGGCACCCAAUCAGUGCCAGUGUGCACCAGGCUGGAGGGGUGACGAUUGCUCCAGUGAGUGUGCCCCAGGAGUGUGGGGGCCACAGUGCGACAGGCCCUGCAGCUGUGGCAACAGCAGCUCCUGUGAUCCCAAGAGUGGGGUAUGUUCUUGCCUGCCUGGCUUGCAGCCUCCGAACUGCCUUCGGCCUUGUCCUCCUGGCCACUAUGGCCCUGCCUGCCAGUUCAGCUGCCAGUGCCACGGGGCACCCUGUGAUCCCCAGACCGGAGCCUGCUUCUGCCCCCCAGGGAGAACAGGGCCCAGCUGUGAUGUGUCCUGUCCCCAGGGCACUACUGGCUUCUUCUGCCCCAGGACUGAUCCUUGCCAAAACGGGGGUGUCUUCCAGGCCCCCCAGGGCUCCUGCAGCUGCCCACCUGGCUGGAUGGGUAUCAUCUGCUCCCUGCCCUGCCCAGAGGGCUUUCACGGACCCAACUGCUCCCAGGAAUGUCUCUGCCACAAUGGUGGCCGCUGCGACCGAUUCACUGGACAGUGCCGCUGCGCUCCAGGUUACACCGGGGAUCGGUGCCACGAGGAGUGCCCAGUGGGCCACUUUGGGCAAGACUGUGCUGAGACGUGCGACUGCGCCCCGGGCGCCCGCUGCUUCCCCGCCAACGGCGCGUGUCUGUGCGAACACGGCUUCACCGGGGACCGCUGCGUCGAGCGUCUCUGCCCGGAUGGCCUCUACGGCCUCACUUGUCAGUCAUCCUGCACCUGCGACCCGGAGCAUAGUCUCAGCUGCCACCCGAUGCACGGGGAGUGCUCGUGCCGGCCGGGCUGGGCUGGCCUCCACUGCAACGAGAGCUGCCCGCAGGACACGCACGGGCCGGGCUGCCAGGAACACUGUCUCUGCUUGCAUGGCGGCGUCUGCCUGGCCGACAGCGGCCUCUGCCGGUGCGCUCCCGGCUACACGGGACCUCACUGCGCCAGCCUCUGUCCUCCCGACACUUACGGGAUCAACUGCUCCGCACGCUGCUCCUGCGAAAAUGCCAUCGCCUGCUCGCCCAUCGACGGCUCCUGCGUCUGCAAGGAAGGUUGGCAGCGUGGUAACUGCUCUCUGCCCUGCCCACCUGGAACCUGGGGCUUCGGUUGCAAUACCAGCUGCCAGUGUGCCCAUGAGGGAGUCUGUAGCCCCCAAACUGGUGCCUGUACCUGCACCCCUGGAUGGCACGGGACCCACUGCCAGCUGCCCUGCCCGAAGGGGCAGUUUGGCAAAGGUUGUGCCAGUCACUGUGACUGUGACCAUUCUGAUGGCUGUGACCCUGUUCAUGGACACUGCCGAUGCCAGGCUGGCUGGAUGGGUAACCGCUGCCAUCUGCCCUGCCCCGAGGGCUUCUGGGGAGCCAACUGCAGCAAUACCUGCACCUGCAAGAAUGGGGGCACCUGUGUCCCUGAAAGUGGCAAUUGUGUGUGUGCACCUGGAUUCCGAGGCCCCUCCUGCCAGAGACCCUGCCCGCCUGGCCGCUAUGGCAAACGCUGCAUAUCCUGCAAGUGUAAUAACCACUCUUCCUGCCACCCCUUGGACGGGACCUGCUACUGCCUGGCUGGCUGGACAGGCCCUGACUGCUCCCAACCAUGCCCUGCAGGCCACUGGGGAACCAGCUGUGCCCAGGCCUGCCAGUGUCACCAUGGUGGGACCUGCCAUCCCCAGGAUGGACGUUGCAUCUGUGCUGCAGGCUGGACCGGACUCCAUUGCUUGGAAGGCUGCCCCUCAGGGAUGUUUGGUGCCAAUUGCUCCCAGCCAUGCCAGUGUGGUCCAGGAGAGAAGUGCCACCCAGAGACUGGGGCCUGUGUGUGUCCCCCAGGGCACAGUGGUGCACCCUGCAGGAUUGGAAGCCAGGAGCCCUUCACCAUGAUGCCUACCUCUCCAGUGGCCUAUAACUCACUGGGUGCAGUGAUUGGCAUUGCAGUGCUGGGGUCCCUUGUAGUGGCCCUGGUAGCACUGUUCAUUGGCUACCGCCAUUGGCAAAAGGGCAAGGAGCAUCAGCACCUGGCAGUGGCCUACAGCACUGGACGGCUGGAUGGCUCUGAGUAUGUCAUGCCAGAUGUCCCUCCAAGCUACAGUCACUACUACUCCAACCCCAGCUACCACACCCUGUCGCAGUGCUCCCCGAACCCUCCGCCCCCUAACAAGGUUCCAGGUGGUCAGCUCUUCGCUAGCCUCCAGGCACACGAGCGACCAGGUGGAGCCCACGGGCAUGACAACCACGCCACCCUGCCUGCUGACUGGAAGCAUCGGCCUCUGGACAGGGGUGGCAGUCGCCUGGAUCGAAGUUACACCUACAGCCACAGUAAUGGCACAGGCCCGUUCUAUAAUAAAGGGCCCCUCUCUGAAGAGCAGCUGGGGGCCAGCAUGGCUUCUCUGAGCAGUGAGAACCCCUAUGCCACCAUUCGGGAUCUGCCCAGCCUGCCAGGGGGGCCCCGGGAGAGCAGUUAUGUGGAGAUGAAAGGCCCUCCCUCAGGAUCGCCCCCCAGGCAGCCUCUCCAACUCCGGGACAGCCAGAGGCGGCGGCACCCCCAGCCACAGAGAGACAGUGGCACCUAUGAACAGCCCAGCCCCCUGGCCCAUGAUCGAGAUUCUGUGGGCUCCCAGCCCCCACUUCCUCCAGGUCUUCCCCCCGGCCACUAUGACUCACCUAAGAACAGCCACAUCCCUGGACACUAUGACUUGCCUCCAGUGCGACACCCCCCAUCACCCCCACUUUGGCGCCAGGAUCGCUGAGAAGCCAAGAUGGUAUGGCAGAGGCCAGCACGCCUGAUCCUUGCUGCCCAAGGUUGGGACAGCCUUGUGUACCCUGCCAGGAGCAGGGAGUGGACCCGCAGGCCGUGACAAUGAACACUUAAUGAAGGAAGUGAAUGGAGAGAGGGAGCCUCACUCCCAGGUUCCAUCAGGAGGAUGCUGUUUGGCAGGAUGCCUGGUUCCCUUUCCCCAACCUGCUGCUCCCCAAGGCCUCCAGGGCCCGUGUACAUAAACUGGUGGGUUGAAUGUUGUUGGAUAACUCCAAUUUCAGAUUGAUUUAAAAAACAGGUAUUGAGUAUCAUUUCUGUGCCCACCUGGGCUGGGCUGUGUGUGUGUGUGUGUGGUGUGUAUGUGUGUGUGGUUUCAGAGGGGUACCCCUCCUACUGACAGGUCCUGCCCUGAGGCACUCACCAGUUGGCCUGGAGAGAGCCAAGCCCAAUUAGCUCUGUAGUAGCCUUACUACAGGCUUCUGGGCAUUCACUUGUAAUCCUCCAUCCUGCUGCUGAAAUACAAGCAGACUGGGCUGCUCCUUGCCUGCAAGUCUUCAUGUCUUCCUGCGUGCCCCUCUGCUUUUGGGUCAGAAUCAGAGCUUGGAAGGCCUCAAAGGUCCUGCUGCCUGGCCUGUCACUUCAGCCUCACCUAGAACUGUGCCCACUGCUGUCACUCUUCUCCACUUAUGCUGGCCUUUAGGUCCUGCUGUCUGCCUUACUGCUUCCUUCCCCAGGGGCUGGCACAUCUGCAGCGCUUUUCUUCCCCCAGCCAGCUCUUGGCUUCUACUCAUCCCUCACACUCCACCUCCACCCAGCCUGAUAUUUCUUCUUUAUAUCAUUGAUGACAACUGUCUUCGUUCUCCAGGUACCAGCAGAAGGCUUCCAGUGUGACAGGCACCCUGUUAUUUCCUAAUGUGAUUUUUGAAUUAAUUUCUGCCUUUCUUACUAGUCUGUAAGCUCUCUGAAGGCAAGAUUCCUGUUUAUACUCAAUAUUGAGUCCCCGUGGCACAUAGUAGGCACUCAAUAAAGUUCCCCUUUUGAUUGA